AUGAGGCCUGCAAUUCGAGAGGAAGAACAAGAGAUGAAGAUGGAGGAGGACGGUAAACCCCCAACGAAGUACAUGGACCCAAGUAUGUACAAAGCCGGCAAAGAAGGCAACUUCACUGCCCUCGAAAACUCGAUCCGGAAAUAUGGAGAAGACGAACCCCGGCUAGGCCUCCUCAAACUAGAGACCCGCAAGGGCAACAAUCUCGUCCACCUCGCAGCGGAGUCAGGCCACGAGGACUUCAUCAAGCAGGUCCUCCGCAAGUGCCCCCAGCUCGUGGCCAAACCCAACAACUCCUGCCGCGAGUGCGCCCAGCUCGUGGACAAGCCUAACAACUCCUGUCACGGCGCAGACACGCCGCUCCACGUCGCAGCGUGGACACGCCACUUCAAAGUCAUGGAGACCAUCCUCUCCGAGGCCAAGCUACGGGAGGGGAAGGCCACCACCGAGACGCCAUGCACACAGAAGAUGAAAGAGAUGGAGAAUGGGGGCACAGCCAGGAUCAAUACCAGCUUGCUGAGGAAAAAAAACGGGGCCGGCAACACGGCGCUGCACGAGGCGCUGAGGAACGGGGAUGAGAAGAUGGGGAUGUUACUGUGGAGAGAAGAUGAAGAGAUGGUGGGGAGCGUCAACAAGGUCGGCGAGAGCGCAUUGUACGUGGCGGCUGAGUUAGGGUUUGAGAAAGUGGUAAAGGAGAUGGUGAAUUUCUUGGAGAGCGGCAGGCAAUGUGAAGGUGUUCGGGAUCGCGCUUUGAGGGGCCCGGAAGGCCAAACCCCUUGCACGCUGCUGUUCUUGCUGGAAGUAGGAGUCCUUAAAAUGCUCAAAGAGAAAACAGGCGGGAAAAACCACAUUGAGGUGGGAGAUCCCGUGCUAUCCUCCAUAUUCCCUCUCUGUUGA